GCAUGUAUUGCCCUGCUGCUGUGUGCUGAAGGACCUCGCGCAGUUCGGGCUCCGACGUUGUGCAAACCCCAGCCUGCCCCACCUCUCCUUCUCAUCUCUCAACCGGCGCAAUGUCUGACUUCUCAGAGGACCAGAUCAGUGAAUUUAAGGAGGCCUUCCUGCUCUUUGACAGGACAGGCGAUGGAAAAAUCAGCUACAGUCAGUGUGGGGAUGUGAUGCGCGCGCUGGGUCAAAACCCCGUCAACGCUGAAGUGCUCAAAGUGCUCGGCAAUCCCAAAGCUGAAGAGAUGAAUAUAAAAAUGCUAGACUUCGAGCAGUUCCUGCCCAUGCUCCAAGCCAUUGCCAAGAACAAAGACCAGGGCUCAUUUGAGGACUUUGUUGAGGGACUUCGGGUGUUUGAUAAAGAGGGCAAUGGGACAGUGAUGGGCGCUGAGCUACGUCAUGUCCUGACCACGUUGGGUGAGAAAAUGACAGAAGAGGAGGUAGAGACACUCUUGGCAGGACAUGAGGAUGCCAAUGGCUGUAUCAAUUAUGAAGCCUUUGUGCGCCAGAUCAUGGCUGGCUGAGUGGAGGAACUCGUAAGGAUGGUAAUGAGCGGUUAAAAUUUCACGAACAUUUCCCAUUUUUAUUUCCCAUUUAUUUUUCCCCCCGUCCUGUUUUUUUUUUUUUUUUUUUGUAUAUGUCCAUGGCUGCAUUGUAUUUUUUUUCUUAAGUGCCUUUGAUCUGUUUGUGUUACAUUGUCAUUCCUGAAACAUCUAUGGAAGUUUUUUCCUUUUUUUUUUGUUUUUUGUCCAGGGAAGUUUCUGAAUGUUAAUUCCUUUUCACAUCUUCCAUGGUGUUAAGACGUUAAGUCUCAUAGCUUUGCGUCAGGCUUAGCAUUCCACUCGGUCCACUGUGUCCUGAACUUUCUCAUGCUGUCAUUGUGUUUUAUACCGAAAAGGUGCAUGUAGAGUUCCUGUAAGCAGGGACAGGCCAAUUCAUUCAUCUGUUAGUAGCUGACUUUAUGUCCCUCCCCAUUACCUGUUGUAUUGUUCAAGUGUAAAUUAAUAAAUACUCAGAGAUUUCAAAAUA